AGUUGAUUCUACCUCGUUUAACACGAGAGAGAGAGAGAGAGAGAGAGAGAGAGAUGUGCAGCAUAAAGCUUCCUCUGCUGGUCCUUCCCGCCAUACUAUAGUCGAGAAAUGGCCGUUAGGUUCAAAUCAUCCAAACCCACGGCCAGCUUCUCUUCUCGUACUCUUGAAAAAUUCAUCAAAACCCACAGAAAUCUCUCCAAAUCCUCACCAAGAAUCUGGACUGAUAAUGAAGACGAUCCCCUAGAAGUGGAUUUGCAAGGAUAUUGCAUUUUGAACCUAAACCACCCCUUCCUGCGCUCAUUAGAUUCCUGUAGUGGCACCAUGAGAGAGUUCAACCAAAUCCAAUCUCAGCUCAUUGUCUCUGGCAUCUUUCAACAUCCUCUGGCUACCAGCAGAGCCGUAAAGAAGCUUUGUGCUUCUCCAAUUACAGCCAAACACGCUCUUUCUCUUUUUGAUAGCCUCGAAGAGCCCGAUGCUUUCAUAUGCAACACCAUUAUGAGGAGUUUAGUGAAUUUCAAUGACCCACAUGUAGCUCUUACUUUCUACUAUCAGCAAAUGGUGGGUAAAGGCGUCCUGCCGAAUCAUUACACCUUCCCGCUCGUAGUGAAGAUCUCCGCAGAGCUUGGGUUGGUCUGGGUCGGGGAAAAAAAUCAUGCUCUGAUACUGAAGUAUGGGCUUAAUCUUGAUUUGUUUGUUCGGAACUCCUUGAUUCAUAUGUACUCUGUUUGUGGAAGAAUUGGGGCUGCACGCGUGCUGUUUGAUGCGUGUUCCCAGUCAGAUUUGGUUACUUGGAACUCAAUGAUUGACGGGUAUGUGAAGAAUGGGGAGGUUGGUUUGGCACGUGAACUUUUUGAUGAAAUGUGGGGGAGAGAUAUUUUUAGUUGGAACUCUAUGCUUGCAGGUUAUGUGGGAAUUGAAGACAUGAAGACUGCAAAAAAUUUGUUUGAGAGGAUGCCAUUUCGAGAUGUUGUUUCUUGGAAUUGUAUGAUUGAUGGGUAUGCAAGGAUUGGAGAUAUUGCUGGGGCUCACGAGCUUUUUAAUUGCAUGCCAGUUCAAAAUGUAGUUUCUUGGAAUACCAUGUUGGCUCUUUAUGUUCGCUUUAAAGAUUAUGACCAGUGUUUGAGGUUAUUUGAUAGGAUGAAAGAAGGAGAUGUUAUGCCGAAUGAGGCAACUCUUGUGAGUGUCCUGACUGCUUGUGCAAACUUAGGGAGGCUUGAUGAGGGCAAAUGGGUUCAUUCAUACAUUAAUAAUAAUAGGAAGAUCAAGCCUGAUGUAUUGCUUUCAACUGCCCUCUUGACAAUGUAUGCAAAAUGUGGGGCUAUGGAUUUUGCUUCCAAUGUUUUCAAGGAGAUGCCCGAGAAGAGUGUUGUAUCGUGGAACUCCAUGAUUAUGGGGUAUGGCAUGCAUGGGCAUGGAAAGAAGGCUUUGGAAGUGUUCUUAGAGAUGGAGAAGAGUGGAACAAUGCCUAAUACAGCUACAUUUGUUUGCAUUUUAUGUGCAUGUACACAUGCUGGAAUGGUCUUGGAGGGUUGGUGGUACUUCAGUCGAAUGUGUCAGAAAUACAAAAUUGAACCAAAUACCGAGCACUAUGGGUGCAUGGUUGAUCUCCUUGCCCGGGCUGGUCUGAUGAAAAAUUCAGAAGAGAUUAUAACUGAGAUGCCUAUGGAGGCAGGACCUGUCUUAUGGGGAGCCCUACUUUCAGCUUGUAGAACUCAUUCAAAUCUAGAGCUUGGUGUGAUUGUGGCCAAGCGCCUAAUUGAUUUGAAACAAGGGGAUAUUGGGCCCUAUGUUUUAUUAUCAAACAUGUAUGCCGCAGAAGGCAAAUGGGAUGGUGUGGAAAGCGUGAGGAAGAUGAUAAAGGAAAAGGGGUUGCAAAAAGCAGCAGGGCGUAGCAUAGUCCACAUUGGAGAUUCUGGAUCUGAGUAUGAUUUGGAGAGUGAUUCAGUUCAUAAGAAAAUCAUGGUGUAUUCCAUGUUAACUGAAAUGGGUGCUCAGAUGAAAUUAUCAUAUAGGUUGACUAUGAUGGAGGAGAGGAAAUAAACUCAUAUACAUGAGAAAUAUAUUCAUCAAUUGAUGUAGAUUUGUUUAAAUUAACAUGUACAGUUGUUAGAGGGCUGUUGGGAAAGGAACUUCUUGGCAGGAGUGACAAUUGCAGUAUGAAACUUGCUUUUGACCUGGCUCCAGUGAGUGUGUUCCCUAAACAAGCCACUGCUUACAAGUCAUCAGAUUGCUUUUCAACAGGCACACAGUCGCACAUGCUCUAACAUAAUAUACUAUUCAUACUUUGGCAGAGAACAUGACAAGCUUAAAGAAAACAUUGUAGCUGUAGCAGGCUGUGUAUACUAACUCUUGAUAACUUUUUGUGAAGCAUUGAUAAGGUUAUGAUGUUGUCCAUUUUGAAGAGAUGAGUUGGAUCUGCAUUUUUUCUUUUUGGAAAGUAAAUGCACUUGAGGAAAAUUCUGGAAAAUGAAUGGCCGUGUUGUAUAAUUACAGUCAUCUGAUUUUACCUUAAAUAUUAUAUGAGAAAGUUCAUUUUGUA